CAGCAAAUCAAAGCAGCAAAACAACAACCUGAAAAUAACCACCAAACAAACAAAAUGGGUAUCCGUGAUCGCAUGCAAGCACGUCAAGAACGCCGCCAUGAGCGCCGUGAAGAACGCAAUGGAGAAGAGGAAGAAGAUGAAGGUCCCAAGACAUAUGCAAUGCGUGAGAAGUUGCUUCUUGACAUUGGUGAUGACUUUAACAUCAACAGAAUGCAUCGUCGCCGUGGUUGCGGUGAGGCCGCAUUCAUUGCCAACAACAAGGUGUUGCGCCUUCGUGAAACCUUCAACCUUCAAACUAGCGAUCGUGAAACCUUGUAUCAGAUUCAGGAACGGAAGAUGAGAGCCCGUGAUGCCACGGCAGUUGAGGAUGCAGACGUUCACAAGGUUGCUGAGAUCAAGAAGAAGGUGGUUGGUCUUGUCCGUGACAACUUUGUUGUCAAGGUUCGUGGUGACACAAACUGGGUCAUCAAUGGAUCAAUCCUUGAACAUGACUUUACUAUCUUGGAGGAUGACAGGGAAAUUUGA